AUGGCUUCCGCAGCUCCGAGAUGGCAGACUGCGUCAUUGCCAAUUCAACAUCUGCUCCGGCCCGGCUUCAAGGCUCGAGCCGUCUCGAAGAUAUACAAAAGAUCCCUGGUCAUAGACGACAAGAUCAGCUUUGUCGACGAAGGGGAGGAAAUUCGUCCUCUGCGAAGCGAGGCGCGCAUCAACCUACCUACUGGCUCAAAAAUAUCUUUCCGCACGCAGGAUAGCCUUUUCAGCAAUCGACAUAUUGGCCCUUCGCUCGAAGAGGAGGAACAGAUGGUCAAGGUCCUAGAUCCUCCUGCUAGGGAUCUUGAUGAUUUCAUCGACCAGUCUCUGCCUCACGAUAUCCGUGCAAGCAAAUCAAUUGGCCUGACCGAUGCCUUCGAGCAACCUAAUGAGCAGGGCGUCCACGAGACUGCGAUAGAGAGGGAGCUUCUUGCAAUGGCAGUUGAGAACAAUGCCUACUUCAACUUCAUAGGCCAGGGCUAUUAUGGGACCAACACACCGUCUGUCAUUCAGCGCAAUGUGCUUGAGAACCCUGCCUGGUAUACCAGCUACACACCCUAUCAAGCCGAGAUCAGUCAAGGACGAUUGGAGUCCCUUCUCAACUUUCAAACCCUGGUCACUGACCUUACCGGUUUGACUAUUGCCAAUGCCUCUGUUCUUGACGAGGGCACUGCUGCCGCCGAGGCCAUGACUCUAUCCCUGAAUGCCCUGCCAGCAUCCCGCCAGAAGAAGGAAGGAAAGGCCUUUGUUGUUUCUGAAUCAUGCCAUCCCCAAACAAUCGAAGUUCUGGCUUCCAGGGCUGCAGGCUUCGGGAUCAAAAUCAUCACAGGCGAUGUCUUGCAAGACAAUCAUAAGCUUGUGCGUGAACAAGGCGACAAUCUGAUCGGUGUUCUGGCCCAAUACCCGGACACUCUUGGCGGAGUCUACGACUACCAGGCCCUAUCAGAUGUAGUUCAUGGUGCUGGGGCAACGUUCUGUGUGGCAACAGAUCUACUCGCGUUGACACUCCUCAAAUCUCCAGGCGAGUUUGGUGCUGAUGUCGCCCUCGGCACUGCCCAACGCUUCGGUGUACCCUUGGGGUUUGGUGGCCCUCACGCCGCCUUCUUUGCAUGCAGUGAGAAGCACAAGCGCAAGAUCCCCGGGCGUCUCGUUGGCGUCUCGAAAGACCGUUUAGGAAAUCGCGCCCUUCGGUUGGCACUCCAAACACGUGAGCAGCACAUCAGACGAGAAAAGGCUACCAGCAACAUUUGCACAGCACAAGCUCUGCUAGCUAACAUGAGUGCAUUCUAUGCUAUAUACCACGGGCCGGAAGGCCUUAAGGCUAUCGCCAAACGGAUCUCGUCCAUGGCCAAGUUUUCUCAGAUUCUCAUUGCCCAGAAAGGCUUCAACAUCAUCACCAAAGGAAGAAGUAAGGAUGGGCUCGUUCUUUUCGACACUGUGACCGUGUCUGGACCAAUACACAGAAUCCGGGACGUCUUAGGGGCGGCGAGACGCAGACGAAUUUCCCUCCGAAAGAUAGGACAGGUAGAAGGCACACAAGAGGCACGGAUAGCGUUUUCAAUUGAUGAAACAAUCUCAACCAGGACCUUGUUCAAGCUGGUAAGCUGCUUCGACGUCUCCCUGGAAGAGUUCAAGGAGGCCCUGUUGGACCCGGAGAUCACUGCGAAGACAAACGAUGACAGCAUUCCUCCUGAACUAGAGAGAAAGACAUCUUAUCUGACCCACCCUGUAUUUAAUCAACAUCACUCCGAGACGGAACUCCUGAGAUACAUUCAUCAUCUCGAAUCUAAGGAUCUUUCCUUGGUUCAUUCCAUGAUACCGCUAGGGUCUUGCACCAUGAAACUAAAUGGCACCACUGAAAUGCUUCCUGUUUCCUACCACGGAUUUUCUAAAUUGCACCCUUUCGUACACCCUAGCAAUUCGGUUGGUUACUACAGGCUAGUCAUGGCACUUACAACCGCCUUGAGGAAGAUCACCGGCAUGGCUGCUGUCAGCCUUCAGCCAAACUCCGGCGCACAGGGCGAAUUUGCUGGGCUACGAGUCAUCAAGAAGUAUCACGAGGAUUCAGAAAACGGUCAAAACCGGAACGUGUGUCUGAUUCCUGUGUCAGCACAUGGCACAAAUCCAGCAUCUGCAGCUAUGGCCGGCAUGAAAGUUGUUCCUCUAAAGUGCGACACCAAAACCGGAAACCUCGAUAUCGACGACUUGAAAGCUAAAUGUGAGAAACACAAAGACGAUCUUGCCGCUAUAAUGAUCACCUACCCCAGCACAUUCGGUGUCUUUGAACCCGGUAUCAAACAGGUUUGUAACAUCGUACACGAACACGGUGGACAAGUAUACAUGGACGGAGCCAAUCUCAAUGCUCAAAUCGGACUUUGCAAUCCUGGUGAGAUCGGUGCGGAUGUUUGUCACCUCAACCUUCACAAGACUUUCUGCAUCCCUCAUGGCGGUGGUGGGCCAGGUGUUGGUCCAAUUGCUGUCAAAAAACAUCUUCAGCCCUAUCUUCCAACUCAUCCACAUAGGGACCCUCAUGGCCAGGGCAGACCAAAGGCCAUAUCUCCAGUCAGCUCAACCCCAUGGGGAAGUGCAUCAAUUCUUCCGAUCAGUUAUGCCUACAUCCAACUUAUGGGUGACCAAGGACUUACUCGUGGUACCAAAGUAGCUCUCCUUAACGCCAACUACAUUAUGUCACGCCUCAAGAAUCACUACCCAAUUCUUUACACCAACGCAAAUGGCCGUUGCGCUCACGAGUUCAUUCUCGAUGCUCGCGGUUUCAAGGAGACGAGUGGGAUCGAAGCCAUCGAUAUUGCCAAACGGCUUCAAGAUUACGGUUUCCACGCACCUACGAUGAGCUGGCCUGUUGCGAAUACGCUGAUGAUUGAGCCCACUGAAUCAGAGUCUAAAGAAGAGCUGGAUCGAUUUUGUGAUGCGCUGAUCGAGAUUCGGAAAGAGAUCCAGGAUGUGGAGGAUGGCAAAACCCCUCGAGCAGGGAACGUGCUCAAGAAUGCGCCGCAUCCGCAAGCCGAUCUUCUUAGGGAGGACUGGGAAAGGCCCUAUACCAGGGAGCAAGCAGCAUAUCCUCUUCCAUGGCUACGGGAGAAGAAAUUCUGGCCAACCGUGGCUCGAGUGGACGACGCUUACGGUGACACCAAUCUGUUCUGUACAUGCACUCCGGUUGAAGGAUUCGAGCAGGAAGGCAUCACGGGACUUCAGGCACCAAUGCCCACAUGA